CACACGGGUGUACUCACAAUAAAUUACCUUCUCCUUGUAACUAGCGGCCGGCCUAAGACCAUGGUACGGCCAAAUCGGCAAAUACUUUUAUCUCUCAAUAUGAACUUUGAAAGGUAUUUUUCUAAGCUUUCAGAAAAUCAUAAAAUUUUUGACUUCAGAUCCACGGAAUUUAAGUUAUGGCAGCUGAAAGAGAUUGAUUAAACGGAGGUAGUGGGGGCCGGUGUAGUUGAACAUCUUUCAACAGCCAUAACUUGAGUACAGUUGAUCCAAUGUCAAAAAUGUUAUCGUUUUCUGAAAGCUAAGAAAAAUACCUUUCAAAUGAUGUGUUUCAAUCCAAAAUUUCAUCCGGGCCCUAAUUUCUCAUUUUUCGGCCUCGGACCAUGGGCUAUAAUCCAUGGUACGGCUAAAUUGACAAAUACUUUUAUUUUUCGAAUAUGAACUUUGAUGACACCAUUUGAAAGGUCUUUUUCUAAGCUUUCAGAAAAUCAUAAAAUGUUUACCUUUAUAUCCACGGAAUUUAAGUUAUGGCAGCUGAAAGAGAUUGAUUAAACGGAGGUGGUGGGGGUGUAGUUGAACAUCUUUCAACAGCCAUAACUUGAGUACAGUUGAUCCAAUGUCAAACAUUUUAUCGUUUUCUGAAAGCUUUGAAAAUUACCUUUCAAACGAUGUGUUUCAAUCAAAAAUUUCAUCCGGGCCCUAAUUUGUCAUUUUUCGGCCUUGGACCAUGGUAUCGCUAAAUUGGCAAAUACUUUUAUCUCUCUAAUAUCAACUUUGAUGGUACCAUUUGAAAGGUCUCUUUCUAAGCUUUCAGAAAAACCUUAAAUUUUUGAUUUUCAAUUCACAGAAUUCAAGUUAUGGCAGCUGAAAGAUUCCCAAAAUCAUUAAUUAAACGGAGGGGGGGGGGGGGGGGUGUCUUUCAACAGUCAUAACUUCAGAAAUAGUUUGCGUUCCCGUGAGUGGGUUCAAUUCACCAGCAAUAGUUUUGCGUUCCAGUGAUGAGUGGGUUCAAAUUCCAAAUUGGCAUAUAUUUUUAACUAUCGACUUUGAUGGUAUCAUUUCUUUCAGAAAAAACCUAAAAUUUUUGAUUUUCGAUCCACAGAAUUCAAGUUAUGGCAGCUGAAAGAUUCCCAAAAUCAUUAAUUAAACGGAGGUGGGGGUGUCUUUCAACAGCCGUACAGUUGAUCCGAUGUCAACAUUUUAAUGAAAGCUUAGAAAAUUACCUUUCAAAUGAUGUGUUUCAAUUCAAAAUUUCGUCCGGGCCCUAAUUUGUCAUUUUUCGGCCUCGGACCAUGGGCUCUAUUUAUUAUCCAUGGUAUUGGCAAAUACUUUUAUCUCUCAAAUAUAAACUUUGAUGACACCAUUUGAAAAGUUUUUUUCUAAGCUUUCCGAAAUUCGUAAAUCGUUGAAAUUAGAUCCACGAUACUCAAGUUAUGGCAGCUGAAAGAGUCUCUGAACCAUUGAUUAAGUUAUAGUUAUUGACUGGUUGACUAGUAAUUAUGGCUUAUAAAGAACCAAUGCCGAGGGUGUAGCCCCAGGCUGAGGUUGGUUAUAAACCAUAAUUACUAGGCAACCAGUCAACAACUGAUUUAUUUACUGCAAAAACAGCAAAACAGUCAUUUGAACAUCAGUGGAGACAGUCAAACUUGCUCUCACAGCCUCAGAAUUAUGCAGUUAGAACAGUUACAGGCAUAGAACUAGCAGUACUACUGUGGAGCUACAUGAGCUAGCUAGCUAGCUAGGUCAAGUUCAGCUAGCUGGAAGCCAUGCAUAAACUUUGACCAGACCCGCCCACCACUAAAUGCAGCUGCACUUUGCUGAGGGUCAUUGUACCCCCAACAGUCUCCUCCCACGCUAUCAGGAGAGGACACCACCUUUAACCUCUGACCUCACUCUCUCCAUACGAGUCACUAAGAGACGCAGGAAGAUUGCUGUAGACAAGACUGCUUAUCCACAACACAGCACAAACUUGCAUUCUGACCUAUGGGUACAUACGUAUCGACCUUUGACCUGUGAUGAGGUGUGUGGUAAUGCCGAGAGCUGCUCUUACCUCUACCAAUGGUUGACUAACCAUGUCCAGUGCUGUAGGGAUGACUAUGAGGAAGAUCCAACCAAUGCAUUGCUAUUAUAUGGACCACCUGGUUCUGGCAAGACUGCUGCAGUCUAUGCUGUAGCAUCACAACUGGGCAUUAGAGUAAGCCCCUCACACCUUCACAAACACCCACACACCCUCACAGGUUCACGAGGUCAAUUGCUCUUCUCUGAGGGACAAAGGAAAUCUUUUAUCUGUUCUCAAAGAAGCAACUCUAUCUCAUCAAGUGGUCGGUAUUUCCAUAGCAACAUCUUCUGUGAUUCUGAUAGAAGAAACAGAGGAUUCUGGUCCACUAUUGAAGAUCUAUUGCACACAACCAAAAGACCCUUCAUUCUGACUGCUCACGACGAAUGGUUGCCACUAGACACACCUUACACUAGCAUCACCUUCACAAGACCACCAAAGGAGGAGCUCUCAGUUCAUUUGCAAGCGCUGGCUCUUUGUCACAACGUAAACCUCUCGUCAGAAGCAGCCAAUCAGAUUGCAGAAUCUCUAAAUUGUGAUAUCCGACGAGCAUUCAAUUAUCUGCAACUAUGGCUUUGUUGGUCUCCUAGCAACCUGCCGAUGUUGCCUAGUAACAGUUUCAUACCGCCCCCUCAAUAUGACACCGCGUGUGAUGUGGAUAUACUAAGUCCUCACGCUCGUGUGCGUGGGUGGUGGUGUGUCACUCCUAUGGAUUCCCUGUGUGAUGACGUUAGGGAGGCACGAACUUGUGAGGGUGUGGAGAGUGUGUGGGCGGAUCUAACAACACGAACCAGCUAUCCCUCACACUCAAGGGUUGUGUGGAAUGAGUGGGCAGAGAGAGUGUCUCAAUGCCUCCCACACCACCGAGUCCUCUCACGAGUUGCCAUGGUUACUGAUGUUCUACCCUUGAUCAGAGUCAUAUGCAAUACAGAGCUGCAAAGAAAGACAACAAAUACAAAAAGAAGGUUCACCCACUACCUCAAGCAGACUGACAUCGUGAAGUCUGAUCUGAUGAAACCCCCCCAACUAUCAUGACAUGACAUAUAUUAUAUUAUAUACUAUUUCAGUUUCACUUUUAUUGAAUUGUUGUGCUUUUGACAUGUACAUGAUGCCACAUUAUAAUGUUCCGUUAGUUAGAUUAAA